CCACCGUAGCUAAAUUCAAAGGCAGUGUAUUCUAUCAAGUGUUGGCAUGCAGUUGUGGUUUACAUUUGACUUGUGUAAUUCUCAGAAACCUCUAGUUUGCAAAUCAGAAAAAGGGGUUGAACUGAAUGGAAGUUGGGUCUGGCAGGAUGCGUACCAGGUGCGCCUCUCAAUUGCCAGGGUCCUGGGAAAGCUUUGAAAACAAUUUUGCAUGGUAAAAUAUAGCUGCAGCUUCCCUCCCCACCAAGCGUUGUAUAAUCCAGGUGGAGACUAGCCGCCUGUGUGCGUGAGUGAGCUGAGAAGAUGCAAAGGAGGAGGAAGGCAGCCAACUCGGAGACAAACCCGCUCGCCUGAUCUUCUCCUCCGCCUGCCUUCGCUCCGUUGCAGCGCCUUGGAGACAAAGAGCCUCCCACAAUCCGCCCCUUUCCUGAUUGCACCGCAACUGCAAGCCCCUUUCUGGACCAGGGAUCUUCCUCCCCGCCCCCUCGGCCGGCUCCUCUGUGCCUGCAAGGCGAGGCGGAUCAGGCGCAAGAUGGCUUUAGCUGGCGUUUGCAUCUGGCUUUCUUGCUGCUGCUGCCUCACGGCCGCCGCGGCUAAUGCAGCCGCUGCCGCUGCCGCCGCCGGGCCCGCGGCUGCCGGGCCGGCUGAAGCAGACGGGGACCCUUCCAAGGAGAUGGAGUGCAAGCUGAAGAGCAUCACCGUGUCAGCGUUGCCCUUCUUGAGGGAGAACGACCUAAGCAUCAUGCAUAGUCCCUCGGCCUCUGAGCCCAAGCUGCUCUUCUCGGUCCGCAAUGAUUUCCCCGGCGAGCUGGUGGUGGUCGAUGACUUGGAGAACACCGAGCUGCCCUACUUCGUGCUGGAGAUUUCAGGCAAUACAGAAGAUAUCCCGUUGGUGCGCUGGAGACAGCAGUGGCUAGAAAAUGGCACCUUGCUCUUCCACAUCCACCAUCAAGAUGGCACGCCCAUCUCCCCUGGUUUGGAGCCCACAGAAGAACCCCAGAGCGAAUCAGCAGAAGAAGAGCUACGGAUCCUUCACAUCUCAGUAAUGGGAGGGAUGAUUGCCUUGCUGCUUUCCAUCUUGUGCCUGGUUAUGAUUCUCUACACACGCAGGCGUUGGUGCAAGCGCCGUCGAGUACCUCAGCCCCAGAAGAGUGCCAGUGCUGAAGCAGCCAAUGAAAUUCACUACAUCCCCUCAGUGCUGAUUGGUGGCCAUGGUCGUGAGAGUCUGCGGAAUGCCCGGGUGCAAGGUCACAACUCCAGUGGAACUCUGAGCAUCCGAGAGACUCCAAUCCUAGAUGGUUAUGAAUAUGAUAUUACUGACCUGCGCCAUCACUUACAGCGGGAAUGCAUGAAUGGGGGUGAGGAUUUUGCCAGCCAGGUGACCAGAACACUGGACUCGCUACAGGGCUGUAAUGAGAAAUCGAGCUUGGAUCUAACACCAGGAUGCAGAAGUAUGAAUGUAGCACUUGCUUUAAGUCUGCCAGAUUUCUACGGGUCUAAGACAAUUUGCAGUGGCCAACUUGCCAUGGCCAACUCACCACAAUCAACUCAUCACAGUCAACUCAUCACGGCCAACUCGUCACUGGACAAUUCGCUGUGGGAUAAAGGAAGUGACAAUGCCAAGCUCUCCUUGAUGAACAAGUACAAGGAUAAUAUCAUUGCCACCAGUCCUGUGGACUCCAACCAUCAACAGGCAACACUGUUGUCUCAUACAUCUAGCAGUCAACGCAAACGGAUCAAUAACAAAUCACGAGCUGGCUCUGCAUUUCUGAACCCUGAAGGGGAUUCUGGGACAGAAGCAGACAAUGACCCCCAGCUGGCUUUUUACACAGAUCCAUCACGGAGCAGGCGGCGCAGUAGAGUGGGUUCACCUAGAAGUCCUAUUAGCAAGACAACUCUGACUCUCAUCAGCAUCACCAGCUGUAUUAUUGGUCUGGUCUGUGCUUCUCAUGUGAGUUGUCCACUUGUGGUCAAGAUAACACUUCAUGUACCAGAACAUCUUAUUGCUGAUGGAAGCCGAUUUAUCUUAUUAGAGGGGAGCCAACUGGAUGCCAGUGACUGGUUAAAUCCUGCCCAGGUGGUUCUUUUCUCCCAGCAAAAUUCUAGUGGGCCGUGGGCCUUGGAUAUGUGCUCCCGAAGACUUCUUGACCCUUGUGAACAUGAGUGUGAUCCUGAAACUGGUGAAUGUCUUUGCUAUGAAGGUUACAUGAAGGAUCCAGUGCACAAACACCUUUGCAUCAGGAACGAAUGGGGCACAAACCAAGGGCCAUGGCCAUAUACCAUAUUCCAGCGGGGAUUUGAUUUGGUGCUGGGAGAACAACCUUCUGACAAGAUAUUCAGAUUCACCUACACUCUCGGGGAAGGGAUGUGGCUGCCACUGAGCAAAAGCUUUGUGAUCCCACCUGCUGAAUUGGCCAUCAAUCCAUCAGCCAAGUGCAAAACUGAUAUGACAGUGAUGGAGGAUGCUGUAGAGGUCAGGGAGGAACUGAUGACUUCUUCCUCCUUUGAUAACCUGGAGGUUCUCCUAGAUUCUUUUGGCCCAGUACGGGACUGCUCCAAGGAUAAUGGGGGUUGCAGCAAGAAUUUCCGCUGCAUCGCAGAUCGAAAAUUGGACUCCACUGGAUCAGAAGUGAACAACCUACAGGAUGAAGGGCAUAUGUACCAGCCUAUGGCCAAAUAUAUGUGGCCAUCAACAUAA